UGUCGGCACUGCAUUGGAGGAAAUAAUCAUAGCGUCAGGGUAACCGCCUCCGCUGUAGGAAGACAUCUGCACCGUUGUAAUUUUAACUGAAGGGAGAUGGCAGCUACACAGAAACUGGCCUGUUUUCGGUUACCUCCUCUGCCUACCAUAAAGGAGAUUAUCAAGCUGUAUAAUCUGAGAGCAGAGAAACAGCUUUCUCAGAACUUCCUCCUAGACAUGAGACUCACAGAUAAGAUUGUCCGGCAGGCGGCCUGCCUGAAGGAUGCGCGUGUGUGUGAGGUGGGGCCUGGACCCGGGGGCCUCACCAGGUCUAUUCUGAAAGCUGGAGCAGCAGACUUAUUAGUGGUGGAGAAGGACACACGCUUUAUUCCAGGAUUACAGCUCUUGUCUGAGACUGCUCCUGGAAGAAUGAGGAUAGCACAUGGAGAUAUUCUCACAUACAGACUGGAGAGAGGGUUCCCAGCCCACAUAGCUAAGACAUGGGAAGAUGUACCCCCCAACCUGCACAUCAUGGGGAAUCUGCCCUUUAGUGUGUCGACUCCUCUCAUUAUAAAGUGGCUGGAGCAGAUGUCGAACAGAACUGGGUGCUUUAUGUUUGGACGUACAAGGCUUACACUGACCUUCCAGAAAGAGGUGGCUGAAAGGUUAACAGCCAGCACAGGAAGCCGUCAACGCAGCCGUCUGUCUGUCAUGGCUCAGUAUCUCUGCACUGUCAAAAACUGUUUCACCAUCCCAGGAUGUGCCUUUGUUCCAAAACCUAACGUGGAUGUGGGGGUGGUGCACUUCACUCCGCUGGCUCAGCCCCAGAUCCAGCAGCCCUUUAAGCUGGUCGAGAGGAUUGUCAAGAACGCCUUCCAGUUCCGGAGGAAGCACUGCCGCAGAGGACUUGAGAUGCUGUUCCCAGAGUCUCAGCGUCAAGAACUGACGGAAGAGUUGCUGCGCAGUGCUGAUGUGGAUCCCACACUGCGGCCCACAGAGAUCUCUAUUUCUGAAUUCAGGGCUUUAGCAGACGCCUACAGUAAGCUUUGUGAGGAGAACCAAGGCCUCAUCGACUAUGACUUCAGAGAGGAACUGAAACUCAAGCAUCAGGCAAAGAGACAGUUGGGAAACAACCGUAAAGGACUUAACCUUCACACCACAGUAGAGGAAAAUGUUAACGACAACCACUAACGCAGCAGACUCGUAAUGGUGAGUUUCAUCAUGGCAUGAAUAUGUUUGGCUUUUUUUUUUUUUGCUUGCGGAAUGUAAAAGACUAGCCAGCAGUGAGGUAAAUGAAGCAUCAGCUGAAAAAUUUCAGCUAAAAAAGGAUUUUAGAAAAUGCAAGGGGAUUAAAUUUAAGUUAUGGGCGAUAUAGUUUAAGAACACUGUGAAUUAUCACAAAGCUGUUUUGUAGGUAGGAAGGAAAAUUACAUUAAUCAAUUCCAGUUCCUAGUCACCCUCUCUGUAUUGAAUUGAGGAAGAGAGAGGGUUGCCCAGAAAACCUGUCAUAUCAUAAAGCAGCUAUGGGAAUGCUUUAAUCAUUUUACAGCUAGAGGCUGACAAUCAUCUGUCAGAGAAAAAAACAUUUGCCAUUGUUACCUAAAAAUAAUUUGACUGAUGAAUAAAUUAUUUUUUCCUAUACUUUUUUAAUGUGUGUUAAUAAGAUUUGCAUUGACUCUUGUCUUCAUAUUGUUCAAAUCAAAUGCUGAAAGUGUGAUUCAGUUGUCUGUCACUUUGUGUGCAUUUUAUUCCUUUGUUUUUAUCAAACAACAAAAAAAAUGUUGCUGCUUUUUUGCAGAAAACAGGA